AUGGACUUCAUUGGGCAGAUUCACCCAGCUUAUAGCAAAGGGCACACGUUCAUAAUCGUAGCAACAGAUUACUUCACUAAAUGGGCAAAAGCUUUAGCAGUAAAAACUAACAUUUCAACUACGGUCAAGAAAUUCAUCGAAACCAAGAUCUUACAUAUAUUUGGGGUGCCCGAGACAAUUGUCACAGAAUGCGGGUCAUCUUUUAUUUCGAAAGAAGUAGAAGAAUUUUCCAGAAAGUUCAAGAUAAAGAUGAUCCAGUCUAGUCCUUACUACCCCCAAUCGAACGGUCAAGCUGAAGCCAGCAAUAAGAUCUUGGUAGGCAUUAUUAAAAGAAUGGUAGUCAGGAAUCCAGAGAAAUGGUAUGAGAAGUUGGGAGAAAAGUUAUGGGCGUAUAAAACUUCCAAAAGGGCAACAACUGGAACUACUCCUUAUGCUCUGACUUUCGGGCAAGAUGUUGUGAUUCCCAUGGAAAUUAAUGUAAAUUCGAUCAAAAUUCAAAAUCAAUUCGGGCUACACAGUGAAGAGCUCUAA